AUGCACCUCCAAAGAGCACAGGACCGUGUGCGAAACAUCUUGGAGCAAGCCCGGAAACCAUUUGUAUCCAGUACUAUUUCAAUGAGCAACCGGCCCAAAAGGUUCCUCACUGCCAUAAUUGUUGCAUUAGUUUGUGCCACUGUCGGUGCAGUUGUCGCAACUGGAAUGUCUGCAGCCAACUCUAUUACUGUCCAAAAGCUGGAUAUGGAAAUCCAUGCGCUAAAGCAACACAUUAACGAUAUUCAUCAGGUGAUAAACCAGCAAAGAACACUUCUCCAAGACAUGAUAACUAUCGUGGAAGACACAGUUGUUACAACAAAUUUGCAUUCGGAGUUAAUUGCCAAAUCCACUGAGUUGCACCAAAGUCAUGACUUAUUUAAGCGUGAACUUCUAUUUCUGCAUGACCCAAUAUUGUUCCACACGCUUGCUUUUCUUGACAAAGUACAAACUGGAAUGAUUGAACUG